GCUCUGGCUCUUAGUCAUCCUCAGCCUCCUCUCUCCAUUCUCAGAGUGCUUUCAGGGCCAUUCAUUGCUCCCAUCUCAUGCUGCCUGCCUCCUCCUCCUCCUCCUCCACAGCCUCGUCCUCAAAAUCUACUCCUCCUCUGAUGAGCCACAGCCUCAGAGUGAAAUAUCCCCGCUAAUAGAAGCUUCCCUCUCCCUGUCAAGACAGUGCCAUGUGUGAUUGGCCAAAACACCCUGUGGUAGUGGCAUCGCCCUGGAUUAGGCAAGUAGCUCUCCCCCCUGCUUGUUCUCUGGGGCUCCUCUGGGAAGCUUUCAGGGGAUUUAUCUCAUCCGACUGGAUGGCACAGAGCUCUCUGCCUCUCUGAAAAGAGUCCAGAGGAAAAAAAACACAUACUACAUGGAUAAGAAAUAAAAUAAUUAUCCAAUCACAGCACAAGGAGGAAGACUGGGUUACCUUAGCAACAACUGAAGAAGAGAAGAUAAUCCUUCUCUCUUUCUGCUCCCUUGAUUUUUGGGCACACCCCUGUGGACUGCUGGGGGUCAGUGUUUUGUGAGAGGACUUGGAAAGCACUGUUGCUUAAGAAGAGCUGCCACCCAAAUUCCAGAAGAAGGUGCUUGUUUCCCUUCCAGCCCGCUUUGUAACUGUGGCUCAUCGAUACCAUGAUCGUUUUGUUAUCCCUCCACAAAUUCUCAUCACAAGUCACGUUCCGCUGGCUUAGAAAUCAAUUCAUUCCGAUCCCACGCCUCCUGGAAUAAGCCCUGCUUUUGGGAGAUACUGGACGCUCCGGGCAAAAGCCCACACCUACCUUUCUCACUUUCAUAGGAGAGAAAUAAAGGACAACAUGAUAAAGUCAUCAUUUUCAAAGAAAAUGGAUGUGAGGCAAAGUUUGUACUGAGAAUCUUUUUUCUUUUCUUUUUUUUUUAAAUAAUUUUUUCCUGGAGGAGAAAGCGUCGCACUGCACAGAGGAAUACCCCCUUUUUCCUUUUGCUCUAUAAAAGACAGUGGCUCUUGCUAAAGGACUCUAGCAAGACAGUGAAUUGUGUCCCCCCUCUAGCCACCGAUGAUGUAGAACAGGAUCAUUCUGCAUUUGAGCCACUGCUGGGAAUUCUAUUUUUCUAUCUAUGCUAUAUAGCUCCUUUGUCUGCCAUUAUGUCGCUGUGUUUCACAAGUGAAAGAGAUCAUACAGGACACACUGACGAGGAAAGAAGUCUCUUCCCUGUAUAGACAGGUGUUUUAAAUAGCUCCUCCUCAAGAACAAUUUUAAACACACACAAUGACACAUGAGAUGAGUUGGCUCAACAUGAUUAUGUAAGAGUUUCAUACCAGCCUGAGCCUGUGCAUUUUUCCCCUCAUCCCUUUUUCCAUGGAUUUACUGCAUUUGACUUUUCCCAUGCUCAUUUUCUGUUCAUUUUUGGAAGCGUCUAGGCAUGAGUGUCAGAGUGUGACCCGGUGCCGAGUGAGUGGGCCAGGCAAGGCGUUUCGGCUGCCCAGGUGCUUUUAAGAUGUUGAGGUAUCCCUGCGUGUCCGGGGCCCCUGUUCGGAUCAGUAGCACUGAGGCUCCUCGUAGCCAAAGACAUGGACCCCGACUCGGCUCCCCCACGCCCUCAGCCUGUUGGCCACUGGCCCCACGUCACCCUGUAAAGGAUGUCCCUCAGCAGAGCUCCGGCCCGGGACACCUCUGAGACCCCCAGCCCGAGAGAACGCAUCCGCAGCCACAUGAAGAUGGUAAUCGACCAACUGGAAGGCAUUCUCAAAGAGCUGAAGGAUGUGGCCAAGGAACUUCGGGAGGUGGUGGGUCAGAUCGAUAAACUAACGUCCGACUUUGACUUUGACCUGGAUCAAGAUGACUGGACAGUGGCCACAGCCAGCAGCACAUCCAGCAGUGAGCGAGGUUUGGGAGAGGCCUUCAGGCUGGACUUCCUCAAUGCAGAUGUGCUUUCUGAUAGCUGGGAAUUUUGCAGCUACCUGGAGGCUGCUGGUGCCACCUCCCGCAGACCCGGUGAGCAAUUGGGGGAUCUUCGACCGGAGAUUGGUCGUGGGACCAUCCCAACCCAGACACAGACCCCAACCCCACCCCCUUCCACUGCCUCCGUCUACUCCCAGAUGAAUGGUGGGCUGCCCAUUCCUAACGGGCCCCGCAUUAUCACUCCAGAUUCCUCCAGCGAGGAGGCAAGCAGCUCCACGCACAGCCACAAGACUUCCCGUACCUCUGGCACAAGAGAAAGAGUGCGCUUCAGUGACAAAAUCCUGUACCACGCAUUGUGCUGCGAUGAUGAUGAGGAAGAGGAGCAAGAUGAAUUGCAGGACAAGAGUGGCUGUGCUACACCAGACAGUGAUACUGAGUCCAAUCUCCUGGCCAGCUCAGUCACACCCAAACGUUCUUCCUCUGAGCACUCACUUCUCCAUAACUGUCUGGACCCUUCCUACAUCUCCUCACCAAUGAAGGGGACAACAGGAGCUCACACACUACCCAGGAAAGGCCUCUUGAACCCCGGCUGCCGCAAAAAACUUUUACGAAACAGCAGCACACAAACUGUCUCUGACAAGAGCACCCAAACUGUACUGCCCUACGUUCCAACCAAACAGAAAACAAAGGACCACUGAAAAAGCCCUAAGUUUAUCAUAAAUCUCAAGAGGAGGACUGUGGACUAUUUAAUAUUAAAUACAUAGCUCAUAGAUUAUUACACAAAUAAUUAAUUACUAAAUAAAUAAAUGAUAUAUGGGAAAACACUCGACUACCUAAAGUCAUUCUGAGGCUCAGGGAAAACACAAUGAAAUGAAGUAGUGAAGUGAUUAAAGUUGAGAUCCUUAUGAUGAAAGUUACAGAUGGACCAAAAGGUUAGUGCCUGCUCUAAUGUUUAAAGAUAGAUUGAAUGAAUUCCCUAUGUGUAAUCAUCUGAAACAAUGGUGGAGAUUACAAAAGCAAUCAUUUUUAAUAGAUCAUUUUGGUGUGGAAAUCCGGAGGUGAAGUAUGAAGAGUGUGAAGAGGUCCCUUCAUCGACUCAUACAAUAGCAUAAAUCACAAAAAGAGAAAACAAUGCUUGUUCCUAUAAUGUGGAUACAAAACGCUGCACAUUCUGUAUUCUGAAUAUGUAAAGGCAUCUUUUUUCAUGUUCAAGUUUUUUCUCAAAUGUCAAGGGGAUUAUUGUUUUCAGCAGGGAAUUGUAUCUAGAUGCACAUAUGUCAACCCUCUUUUUGAUGUCAACAAACACUACGUGGAGAGCCAGAAAAAUAUUUACCUGCCCUUGAUUUCAUAAAUCAUCUGAAUGUGAUCUCUUCUUGGUCUGCUGCAAAGGUCAAAACAUAUGGACAUAUAUGUGG